UAUUCCUGUUGUUCUGUUGAAGAUCCCACUUUGUUUUUGAAGGGAAGGGUGAGGGAAGAGGAGAGACAAUUGGGUUCUUCCAUUGAUUUUUUUUUUCCUUUUGCCUUAUAUAAUUGAAUUUGGACCCAUAGAAAGAGUUCACCUUUUUUCUAUAUUUUGGAAUGCUACUUUACUUCUUCAUCACUUGUUUUCCCUUCAUCUUCUUUUUGAAGUCCUUAACUUUGAAGCCACUCCCAGCAUGGGCAACUGAGAUGAGAUUAUUGUCUCUCUGGUUCUGGAGAGAAGUACCCUUUUUUUCCAUUUUCAAGUCGAUAAAAAAUAGUCUUAGUCUUAGUUAUUUUACCACAAUCCCUUCCAAAAUGUCUCUAAAAAAGAUGUCUUUUACUUCAAAAGUUGAUAACUUUGAGGAGGUUGAAGAAGUGGUGAUGUCAGUUUUGGACUUACCAGAAUUGGUCUUAGAAUGCAUUCUUGAAAGGCUACCACCUGCUGGUCUCUGUAGUAUGGCAGGUGUUUGCUGCUCUUUGAGAAGUAGGUGUAUUAGUGAUCAUUUCUGGGUAAAGCAUUUGAAAAAGAAGUGGGGUAGAGUUAUUGGUCCUGCGGCUUAUAGAGAGUGGCAAUGGCAUACUGCUUCAAGAAAGGAUUCAAGUCAUGUAAAACAGGGGAAGCCAAAAGGUUUGAUGAGGAUUUUAUCAAUUGUUAGGCCAUUUUGGUGGGUUAAAUCAAAGGUUGAUGAUAGUAGUAAGCAGAGUUCUUUGCCAGAUGAUUCAAUCAUGUGUUGGUAUCUUGCUCUUGAAACUGGCAGAUUCUGGUUCCCUGCUCAGGUCUAUAAUCGUGAGAAUGGCCAUGUUGGCUUUAUGUUGUCAUGCUAUGAUGCGGAGCUCAGAUAUGAUCCCCGUACUGACACUUUCCAAGCCAGGUACCCUCCACAUGGAAGGAGGGCCAUGGCCAUAGAGAACUGUGUGCCGUGGGAAAGGCUAAGAGCACCACCUAUUGAUACUUCACCACACGAUCUUCAUAUUUCUGAUUGUUUGAAUGAGCUACGCCCAGGUGAUAACAUUGAGAUUCAAUGGAGAAGAAACAAAGAAUUCCCUUAUGGUUGGUGGUAUGGUGUGGUUGGUCACUUGGAGUCAUGUGAUGGGAAUGAAAAUUAUUGCCGUUGUCAUAAUAGUGACACAGUAGUGUUGGAGUUCAAUCAUUACACCCCUGGCUCAAGGUGGAGACGCACAUCAAUCGAUAGGAAAGACCAUCGAGAGGAGGGAAAUGAGGCAGAUGGAUUCUAUGGGGGAAUCAGAAAACUUAGCAGUGAGGAGGAGAUUACUACAUGGAAGCGGCUCUGGCCAGCUGAAAUCCUGGAAUAGCCUUGUGCAGACAAAUGCUUGCUAAUGUCACCGCGAUUUCAAUACAAAUGGCCUAUUUUCCUUCCAACUAGGCAAAGCUUAUCAGGUUUCUGCUCUAUAAAUGGUGCUCCUGGAAAUUGAAAAUCGACUUCGAAGUUGCAAGAAUGUGGAGUUAAAGUUCAAUGUUCAUGUAAAAUCCCCUUAUUUAUUGGCAUGUCCCACGAUUAUGUAAAGGUUUUUUGUCGAUAAUCAUUUGGGAGCCCAUUGAUUAUUCGAGGAAUAGAGAAUGGCAACUUUAUGCAAACAUCAUAUACCCUGUAGAGCUUUGGAAUUGUAAAUUAUCCUUUGUUUCCA